AUGUGUCAAAGGGAGUGCGUCUUAUUUGGAUUCAACAGUCAAAUGAAGAAAUGUCGUACCCACAAGAAACUAUUCACGUCUGAGCUCUCUGAGGAGGUCAGUUGGAAAUACUACUCGGAUAGCGAUUUUGUUGCAGUGCCAAAAGAUUGUAAGGAUCUUCGCGAAGACAAUCAAACUAGUACAGGGGUGUAUGAUAUAUACCCCUACGGUACCUUGAUCAUUCCUGUCCGUGUCUAUUGCGAUAUGACCACAAUGGGCGGGGGAUGGACGGCCAUUCAGAAACGCGUAGACGGAUCUGUGAGCUUUGACAGGACCUGGAGGGAAUAUAAAAAUGAUUUUGGUUCACCUGAACAGGAAGUCUGGGUUGGAAAUGACGUAAUCCAUCUGUUAACAAAGGGGAAGAACUCAUCUCUGUUUGUUUCCAUCACUCUCGAGGACGAAGAAACGUUUUAUGAAAUGUACGACGGAUUCUCUGUCUCUGAUGAAGCUGGAAAAUAUCAACUCUUUCUCGCCGGACCUGCCACGGGAACACUUGAAUAUAAUUUGCAGAAGACUCUAUGUUUGACACUGGUUACCCCAAUAACUACGAUCUGUCUAGGAAUGUUCUUCUCCACCCCAGACAGAGAUAACGACGGGUCUAGUGACCGUCACUGUGCUGCUUACAGUUACACUAGAGGAGGCUGGUGGUUUAACAAUUGUCAUGACGCCUUCCUCAAUGGUCAAUGGUCUUCGGAGUCCUGGCUCAAACCGUGGUUUCCUAAAGUAAGGAGUGCAUCGUCUAUCAGAGAAACAACGAUGAUGAUCAGGCGUCACUAG